AUGUUAAGAAUAGUUAUAAAGAAUGAAAACGAGACUCGUGAUCAAGUGAUAAAUUUAGUUGGUAGUACAGGAUGUAAUGUUUCAGAAGCUAGUUCAAGUGAUACAGCUGCUAUUAUAGUUCAAUAUACAGCAGCUAGAACUAUCUUUGUUAAUGCUGCUCUUAGUUUUAUUAAUGGAAAAUUAAUAACAAAAACUGAAAUUGGUUACUUUUUAACUAUCAGCAACAAAAUUACUUUACAAUAA